AUGAAGGAGGUAUCCGAGCAAUUUAAAAUUGUGCAUCGCUAUUCUACCCCUUACCACCCAAAAGCCAAUGGAGACGUUGAAGUGGAGAACAAGAACAUCAAGAAGAUUCUUAGGAAGAUGAUACAAGGUUCCCGAAAAUGGCAUGAAAAGUUGCCUUUUGCUCUUUUGGGAUACCACACGACUACUCGCACAUCUGUUGUUGCAACUCCUUGUCUGCUGAUAUAUAGAACGGAAGCUGUAAUACCCGCUGAAGUCGAAAUUCCCACUACCCGAAUCAUUAUGGAAUCGCAGAUUAAAGACACUGAGUGGGUCAAGACCCAAUUAGAACAACUUAUGCUGAUUGAUGAAAAGCGGCUAGCAGCAGUGUGUUUUGGCCAGUUAUACCAGCAAAGAAUGGCACGCGCUUACAACAAGAAAGUGCAUCCAAGGUACUUCGGGGUAGGUCAACUCAUUCUGAAACGCAUUCUUCCACACAAAGUAGAAGCUAAAGGAAAGUUCGCCCCAAAUUGGCAAGGACCCUACAUCAUCAAAAAAGUGUUACCAAAAAGGGCCUUGCACUUGGUAGAUGAAGAAGGAUGGGUACCAGACAUGACUAUUAACGCAGAUGCAGUCAAAUUAUGUUUGAUAUAUACCCAUUGUGGAACUUUCACGCAUGAUUUUCUCCGAUCGAGAUAA